AUGGAACAGAUGUGUCUCACAUUGAACCGUAGCAAUGAUAGUAGCCAGCCCACUUCACCCCUCCUCCACCACCCCGUCCGCCACCCCCGCCACCACGCUAACACCUCCCUCGCUCCAUCCGCCGGCACACCCCGCACCCACCGGGGCACCACGCCGCCGAGGCACCCCGCCCCACCACGCACCACGCGUCCACCACGCCGUCCGCGGCACGCCGUCGGCCACCAACCGCGCAUCCAUGCCGUCGACACAAGCCGCUCACCACGCCGACCAUCCCCGCACACUCUCAACGACACGCGCACCACUACCGCCGCGCACCACGCCGGCCACCAACCGCACCACGACCCCGGCCCACGCCUGCACCACGCACCCCACGCCACCCGCCACGCACCCCCCCAUCACGCCGCACCCCGCCACCACGCCGCUCACCACUCUCCUCCACCUACUCCCGCACCACCCGACCCACGCGAGCACCCAUCCACCUCCCACGCACCACCCCAGCCACCACGCCGCGCACCACGCCGCACCCCCCACCACGCGCCACCACCCGCCCAUCUUCACCGCGUCGGCACCACACACACCCGCACCCCGCCUCACCACGUCCGCGGCACCACGCGCGCACCACGCCACCUACGCCCCACCACGCCCCCGCGGCACACGCCGGCCACCACGCGCUGCACCAGCUCGCCGUCGCACCACCCGCACCACGCGGCACCUACGCCGCCACCACGCCACCACCCGCCGCCCACCCUCGCACCCACGCGGCACCACGUCCGCUCACCACGCGCCGGUCACCACGCCUGUCACAACGCGCGGCACACGCGUAGCACCACCCCCCAAACACGCAGCGGCACCAGCACGCACCACCCGGCACCACGCACGGCACACCGCCACCACGUAGCGCACCACCCCGGCACCUCCGCCGCGGCACACGCCCGCGCACCACGCCGGCAUCCACGCUCACACCACGCAACACCCCCGGCACCCACCAGCGGCACCACGCCCGGAACCCGGCAGCAUCCACCCGCUCACCAGGGCACACCGCCCACGCACCACGCACGCACCACGCCCUGGCACCUACAGCUGCACCCCGCCACUACCCCGCCACCACCACGCCCUCACCAACGCCCCGGCACCACGCACCCCCACGCACUCACCUCACCCACCCCACCAAUCCCCCACGCACCACCCCCUCACCACGCCCCGGCACCCGCCCUGCACCCCCCCACCACCACCCCGCACCACGCCCCCACACCCCCUCACCACCCCCACCACUCCCCACCACUCCUCUCCACCACUCCCCCACCAUCCUCCCGCACCACAUCUCACCCCUCCCAUGACAGGACCCCACCAGACCCUACCAUCAACACAGCAGGACAGGACCCCACCAGACCCUACCAUCAACACAGCAGGACAGGACCCCACCAGACCCUACUAUCAACACAGCAGGACCCCACCAGACCCUACUAUCAACACAGCAGGACCCCACCAGACCCUACCAUCAACACAGCAGGACAGGACCCCACCAGACCCUACUAUCAACAUAGCAUGACAGGACCCCACCAGACCCUAUCAUCAACACAGCAUGACAGGACCCCACCAGACCCUACCAUCAACACAGCAGGACAGGACCCCACCAGACCCUACUAUCAACAUAGGAUGACAGGACCCCACCAGACCCUAUCAUCAACACAGCAUGACAGGACCCCACCAGACCCUACUAUCAACACAGCAUGA